CACACGAUCACGGUGCGAAAUCGUCUUACUCACAGAUGCAGUGGUUCAUCUUCGCCGGAAUUAUUGGACAGGGCGGCCACAGCAUCCCGGCCAACAUGGCGUCUCGCGUGCUGCUCUCGUUUUGGUGGCUGGCCGCCAUCACUCUUAUGGCCUGCUACACUGGUGGGUUCCCAGGCACCCUGAUCGCCUUCCUGACGGUGCCCAGCGUGGCCGACUCGAUCAAGUCUCUGGAAGAGCUGGCUGGGCAGGACGAGAUCAAGUGGACCUACCGCAUCUACUCGGCCAUGGACAACCUCUUCCAUACGUCCGGCUCGUCCGCCUACACCCGGAUAGCCUCUAAGUAUACGGACGCCAAGGUGACCACCGACUACGCCGGCGUCGACAAGGUGCUCACCGGACAGUGGGCCUUCAUCAAGGAGCGGUCGUUUCUGGACUUCGCACUGGACGAGGACUUUCGACGCACGGGACGUUGCCGUUUACAAGUGGCCGAGCGCGACUUCUAUACGGUCGGCUUCGGCUGGGUCCUGCAGACGGGCAGCCCACUGAAGGAGCUGUUCGAUAUGGAGUUUUUGCGGAUGAGCGAGACGGGCCUGCUCAACAAGUGGAAGACCAUGUUCUGGCCCAAGUCGUCCAACUGCAGCACGGGCCUCAUCUUCACGGACGUGGGCAUCCAGCCGCUCGCGCUGGCCGACCUGGUCUCCACGUUCCUGCUGUACGCCGCCGGCAUCCUGUUGGCGCUGGUCGUCCUGCUGGCCGAGCUCGUCACGCGGCGGUGUCAUCGGCGGCGCGCCGUGGUCUCCGCUGUCCAGAAGCUCGCAGCUCACCCAGGGGACACUCUGUAGGGAGCGGGGAGGCUGCGAAGCACAGUCAGUGUUGCUGCGCCCUAACAGAGUGUCCUGACUUGACCUCAGGUCACAUUGAGUAUUAGGUCACUCUUAGCGCCCUGGACCUGCAGUGGACCAGCGGGGAAUAGUUCACUCGGGUUUGCGCUAUGUAAUAGGUGCCGUUAGGCACAAGGAUCAUGUAGCUACAUUGCAUAGACGAGCACAGUCACAAUACUAGUACAACGUCUACGGGGCCGGACUGCGGCGACGCCCGGGGAGGGGAACUAAAAGCGCAACAAAUCGUAUAUUUUGUUCGCCCGGUAUGCGACGCUGACCGCUUGUUGUGUCACAGGAAGUAGAGGAAUAACUGAACCGCUAGUGUCUCACUGUGGCAAUUAUGGUAGCCACUGCGGAGAGAAAUGGUGCCUGAGACUGUGUGAUGACUGUAUGAACUGUAGCGAACGAACUGCAUGAUGCGGUGUUCAGCAUAGCACAGCACACAAUAAGUCACGUGAGAAAUCAAACAUACACACAAGAGAAACGUGAAAGAAC